UAUUGAUUUUAAAUCUUAAACAUUUAUACGCGGUUGAAGAUGAAGAUUUUGUUCAGUGGAAUAUUUGAUGCAUUAAAGGAUAUUUUUCAUUCGAACGUUUUGAUAAGUACAAAUAUUUAUAGCUGGCGUGACUAAGUCUUUCAGAAAAGAACUAAGUAUUGAUAAAAGUUUCAGUUUGAGUUUUAAACAGGUUAAGAUCAAUAUUUUUCACAUGAUUUUAGCUAAUGUUACGAUGAACUAUCGAGGACUUAUCAGUCAAUAGUUAGUUUACGAUAAAUAAGAAGCUUAGUUAUAAAUAUUAAAUAGGAAAAAAAGUGAUGCGUGGAAAAAUUACGUGGCUGACGUAUCUGGUGAAAUAACGAUUUGAUCUCUAAAGCGUGGUAAUCACAGGUAGAAACAUCUGGUUUAAAUAUCGAACUUAUAAUUUAUCAACCGAAUGGGUCAUUUAUGUUUACAUUCAAGGUCUUAUUGACAAAGACUCUUGUUCAGGUUUAAUAUUGAGAGAGACAUGAUUUAGUGUCGAGGAAGGAAAAUUAAACAUUUAAAGAUACACUUCAAUACGCUAUCCAGGGCGUUUAUAUGAUAUUCUUCAUAAACUUAAAGGAGGGUAUUUAAAACUGAAACCAGAACUGUUUAAUUGAGUUACAUGGACGAUCAAUGUAGAAAUUCGGAGGAUAUUAAAACGUCAAUUCAUGAUACAAAUACAGCCGCAGUAAUGAAACUUAAAUUUUUGAAACAGAUGAGCUGAUUUUGAAAAUCAAUAUUUUCGUUCAAAUAAACAGUUGAUAAUUAAACAAAAAAAAUGAAUUUCUCCAAAUUUCGCCAGACUGGGGAAUUGUCGGAUAUAACAGUGGUUGUCGACGAUACGGAAUUCAAGCUUCAUAAAUUUCCACUCUACGCAAAAUCGGACUUUUUCUGUGCUUUGGCAAAGAGUCCGGGUACUGACUGCAAUCGCGUUGAGUUGAAAGAAUUUCCCGGAGGACCUGAGGCAUUCGCAGUCGUAGCGGACUUCUGUUACAACAUGAAAGUUGACUUGACGAAAGCCAAUGUUGUCCAUAUCCGGUGCGCAUCGGAAGUUCUACAGAUGACUGGUGCGGGGAAUUUAGCUGAGGUUUCAGAUAAGUUUUUGCAGGACACCAUCACUUCCGCGAAAAUGAGCCGCUCGACGUCCGCCAUUGCAUCUCUGUUGAUCUCGUGUAUGACUGCAUCAGCAGUCGCUGAGAAAGCUGAUAUCGUUGCUAUGUGUAGCGAUGCUCUAGUGGACUGUUGGUCGAAGCCUCCAACUAAAUUUAGUACACCUUCGAUGUCGAAAAAAUCAUCUGGAGACAAAACGGAGGAAAACAUUAGAAUUUUGCUUGGUCUACCAGUACCAUGGCUUAUUAAGCUUCUCUCUCUAACAAAGUCCAAAGGUGUUAAGAAUAAUGUUACAGCAGAGCUAGUUACAAAAUACCUUCACAACUACAUAGACAAGAUUGACAUUGAAGAAAAAGGACCUGAACAAAAGAAAGGUGAUACUGGUGACGCUAAAUCAAUGAAACUAGCCAGGUCCGCUCAUCAUGAUCUUGAUCUUGUGAAAGACACUAAAACAGGCCUUAAAUCUAAGAAAAAGAACGACUCCGGUAAAGUAGUAGACGCUAUCAUCAAUGAAAUACCAGAGGACGCAUUUACUGAAGAAAGCAUUACGACUGAUUGGAUUACAAAGGUGCUGAAGUUCGCAACUGCACACGGCUGUAAAUGCCGACCAACGCUGGUCAGAAUCGCGGGUGAGCGUCUUAACAGCCUAUCUGCCGACGACCUUUGUAUAAUAUCCCCUUCUGUCCUUAAGGACAUCGUAGCAGAGUCAUGCAACGGUGAUGCAACGCAAGGACAAAGGGCCUGUCAGCUUAUGGAGAAUUAUAUGAACGAAAUGGCUCGUAAAGGCGUGCUGACAGCGGAGACGUACAAAACGUUGGUGACCUCGGGCCCUCUAGACACAAGAAAGUCACACGACUCGCUGUACGGGAUCCUUGAAUAUGUGCUCACAGCAGAGAAGGACAAGCUUACACAGGAUCAACGAAAUGAACUCAUCGAAACAGUGGACUUCUCAUUGCUCGGCGAGGCGACGCUUAAACGGGCCUUUGAGACCCAAGUGGUUCCGGCAACCAUGGUGGCAAAAGGAGCACUAGCUCUUUGCUCUAAACUUAAAACUGAAUUGGAGUCAGCCAAGAACACUAUUUGCAAACAGGAAGACGAACUACAGCGCAUGCGCAGAGUGAAGACCGUCACACCGCAGAUGACGUCAUCACCAAAGAAAGAAGCGGAAUCGAACCAUUCAAGUUUUACAGAGCUACCAGUACGUGACACAAUCGGGAACGGAAGCACAAACCACGUGACGGAUGCAGUCAGUGACGCCCGUUCCGCCCUCAGUCCGUCCUCCCAAACUACAGAAGACGUCCUUAUGGCCGCGCGCAACAAGCUCGCUACGUCAGUAGCGGCUUACAACACCUUUCGACCUCUAUCCGCGGAUAGGGAAUCGGAAUUUUCUUACGACGACGACAUUUCCCUAGACUUUAAGUAUGACCGCCACGUGCGCUCUUAUGAUAACGCCCGAACUAAGAGUGCACGAGGAUCGUCUUUCAGGUCGUCUUAUCUCUACCCGCACCGGAUGUGAUUUAACCAGGAUUAUUUAAUCGUUGGUAUUAUUUCGUUAGACGUUUAAAAUGUGAUUUUAUGAUUAUUUUAUAUUGUAUUUAUUAUAAUUAUUACGUUAUUAGACUAAACAGAUUGUGUUAUUGUUAUUCUGAAAAACAACACCAUGCAAUGUUCAAAGCCAACCUUGAAUAGCCCCUGCCAUAGAAUAGAUUGCGGGUAAUUAUUUAAUUAUUUCUUUUGUUCUUUUUUUUCCUUCUGACUUUAAAUGUUACCUUCUAUCCAUAUUACUAAACAUGAAAUAUGUAUCGAUCUUGCAAAAAUGUUUCGAAAGUUUCGAAAUGUUGAACCUUUCUGUUGUAUUGGUGAUACUGGCAGUAGAUUGUGUGUUAUAUACAUAGCAAUAUAACUCCUAUGAUUUGAUAAAAAAAAUAUUUCAAAUGUUAAACAUCUAUGGUAAAGAUGUGACUUUUUAGAAAUUAAGGGAUGCAUGUUAAAUACGUGAUAUGUAUAGGGGUGUAUAAACAUUUUAAACAUGUGUUAAUCUUAGGCAAAAUGUUGAUUUCUCUUUCUUUGUGUUGAUAAGGUUAUAGAAUCAGUGUUACUAUUUUAGAUAUCUGUUUUAUAUUACCUCCUCUGUGAUAUAG